AUGUCGCUGCUCACGGACAAAGACUUUGUGGAAGGUUUACCCAGUGCCUUGGAUCUGUUUUCUAUGCCUCCAUAUCAAACAAGUGUGUUUCAACAUUACUAUGUAGACGUCAGACCAGUCAGUCAAAUUACUGAUUCGUCGCCAGUUGAAUUCCAAAUUUCUAACAGUGGAAGCGACUACGUGGAUUUGAAACGAAGUCGUUUGCAUGUUAAACUGAAAGUGAGUCACUCCGACGGAACGGUUCUGGGUAAAGAUGAACACGUGGCUCCAGUAAAUCUGUUCAUGCAAGCUCUGUGGUCGCAAGUCGCGGUGUAUUUACAAGGUCAAUUAGUGAGUUCGGCGAACAAUCACUAUCCCUACAAAGCAUAUAUUCAAACCUUACUGAAUUACGGAGAAGACGCUAAAAAAUCUCAACUUCAGUCUCAGCUGUUUUACAAGGACACCGCAGAAACACAAGCGGAUAUCGAAAGCACCGAUCCCAUUACUGGUAUCAAUUCUGGAUUAUCAGAUCGAGGAACGUUCAUUGCAGACAGUAAAACGGUUACUAUGGAAGGACCCCUGUGUGAAGAUAUUUUUAACAUAGGCAGGUACCUUGUGAAUGGUGUGGACAUAACUGUUAAAUUAUUUCGGACCUCAAGCCCCUUUUGUCUGAUGUCUGGCAAGUCGGGUCAGGAGUACAAGAUCGACCUGCAAGAUAUUUAUUUUAAGAUAUGUAAACUGAAAAUGAACAGUGCUCUUAUUUUAACGCACAACAAGCUAUUUGAAAAGUCCAACACUCUGUAUCCAUUCACUAAAACAGAGGUUAAAAUAAGCAGUAUUGCUUCUUCACAACAUAGUUAUGUUUGGGAUAGUGUGUUUCAGUCGCAGUGUCCAAACAGGUUGGUUGUUGGGUUUGUCGAUGGAGACGGUGUGAAUGGAUCUUAUACAAAGAACCCGUUUAAUUUUCAGAGUUCAUUUGUGAAAACGGUGGGAUUGUAUUUAGAUGGUGUCAGUGUGCCUGCUCGACCCAUCGAAGGAGACGACGUGAGCGCCUACGUGAAUUUGUUCGAGGGGUUGAACAAUUGGAAUCAAAACAGUGGAAAUUACAUUGAAAGAACGGAAUUUGCUUUUGGAAAUGGACUAUUUGUGUUCAGUCUUGAAGCCCUGGAAAUCCUGAAGUUGCUAACUGUGUCGCUGACAAAGACCUUUGAGGAGGAAGAGGAGGAGGAGGAGGAGGAGUAUAUGGGAGUAAUUGAGGAGGAGGUGGAGGAGGAGUAUAUGGGAGUAAUUGAGGAGGAGGUGGAGGAGGGGUGUCUGGCCGGUGCAUCUGUCUUCGGUGCCUUUGCAUAUUAUCAUGUCUGGAAAAACUGUUCCCACACUCAGGGCAUGAUGUUGAUCCCAUGA